GACGUAUCCCCGGCGCACUGGAUCCCUAUAUAUCUGCAUGCUCCUCUAAUACCCCAAAGGUUUGGCUUCUAUCAUCCUAUCAUCCUCAACUCAAUCAACAACCAAUAAAGUGUCAAACAAACCAUCAACAUAACCAUGCCCCCUUACUAUAAUCUUCUCCUCGACGGCCCCUGCCCCCGCGGCCCCCAUCCGCCCAGCGCCAUGCUGCAAUUUCUCCGCGGGCCCCUAACACUAAACAAUAUGAUCGCACUGGCCAUCUCGUACUCCGUCUACCGCAGCCGACAAGUCCUGACUGCCGCUGCCGCCGCCGCCUUAGGCGAGAAGCCAGGUUGUCAGAUGAGUCGCCCCGAAUCCCUCUUCGGCCUCCUCGCCUUUCUCUUCGCCACCUCCCUCGUCUACAACUUCGUCGCCCUCUUCCACGUCCAUAGGCUUAACAAACAUGUCUACGAGCACCUCGGAGGCCAGGGCAGUUGCGCCCGGCGGGGGGCUUUGACUGACGUGGAGAGGGCUGCUUUGAGGAGGAGGUAUCAGUUGAUGAUGAAGGCAAGGUCGAGUUUGUUUGUGGCGGUGGCGGAUGUGGUUUUGGGACUGAUGUUUUUGGGGAUAUAUGUUUUGACUACCCUGCAGGCGAAGCGGGAGGUGAGGGUGGAGCUCGGUGUGGCAUAUGCUAGCAUUGGUGCGCUGGUUGCUUUCCUUUUCUACUUUGGCCUCGGCGUCAAUGCUGUCAAGCGAUGGGUGCGUGACGGCAAGGAGAGAAAGUUGGAGGCAGAGGAGGUGGAAGUUGCCGAUGCUAAGGAGCCUUUGCUUGUCAACCCGGAGAUCGCGUGAUUUGUUCGGCUCGAAUGUUAGCCAUUACAGGCUGUACCUUCUCACGGCAGCCAAAGCACUGGCACCAUUUCCAAUAGUUGAUGAGUUGCGGCUUCCUUGGAAGUCGUCGUUAAGAUAAAUUGCUGAAUGUAUAAUACCCUGCAAACCAGAAAACGUUCAAUAUCUCAGAACUGUAG